ACACAAUCGAUCUGUUGCUGUUUACUUUGCUGAUCUUAGUGGGGCCUGGCAAGAAUUUGAUUAUUAUCAGGGGUUUCAAGCAGUUUGCCCUGUUGAUGCUGCUGCUUGGUUAAAAAGAAUAGAGAAAGAGCGUGUGUAUGACUUUCUUGCUGGUCUAGAUGUGGAAUAUGAUCCAAUUAGAGUGCAGGUGUUGGGUCGUGUCCUGUUUCCAUCUUUGGGAGAGGCCUAUGCCAUUGUUCAGCAGGAGGGGUGCUAUGUUGCAAGCUCCUACUUCUGAUCGUUCUGCCUUGGUUGCUAUUCCGCAGGGACAGUUUGGGUCUGGCAGUGGAAAGACUCAGCCUGGUACUAGCAGUGGGACUAUAGACCGUAUGUCACUCCAGUGUGAUCAUUGCCACAACACUGGACAUAUCAAGGAUUUUUGUUGGAAGUUACAUGGUCGUCCUUCUCGUGGGCGAGGCAGUGGACGUGGAGGCCAAGGUCGUGGUCCUGGGCGUUCUCAGGCUCAGGCACAUGUUUCAGAGUUUUCUACCUUGUCUGAUUUUGGGUCCAGUACAGGAGUCCCAUCACCUUCUGAUUCUACUGGUGGUUUCUCUCAGAGGGAGAUGCAAGCUCUCAGACGUCUUAUGGCUCGGGCUGACUCUUCCUCUACUAUAGCUCCUACUUCUACAGCAGCUCUUACUGCAUCCUAUUUUGCUCAUUCAGGAACUGGAAACGGGAAAGGUGAUUGGCAGUGGUAAAGCACAUGGUGGUAUCUAUUAUCUCGAGCAUGCAAUUCAUCCAUCUCAGCCAUCUUUGUCAUGUGGAAAAGCUCUACAUGCAGAUAUGAGUUCCACUCUUUCUUUGUUACAUCGGUGGCACCGUAGAUUAGGUCAUCUCUCUUUUGGGAUAUUGGAGAAACUUUUUCCUACUUUAGUUAAACAUUGUCCUAGGGAUCAGUUUUUUUGU